AUGCCCCGGCAUUUGUUUUCUUCUGCGGUGCCGCUGCUUCUUUGCGUGUUGGUGUGCGGCAGCAGUGGUGCGGCUGCUGAAGUUCAGGGUGGCUCAACGACGGCAGUUACCCCAUUCCAAGGGACGAGGGAGAUAAGUGUCAAGUGGGAAUCCAGUCAGUCGGCCACUUCCCUCCGUGUCCCCAGCCUUGUGGAGGUGGGCGGCGAGGUGUUUGCCGUUGCCGCGGUUCAGUGCAGGAAGGAAAGUGGGUGUGGAGUUGACUGCUUUACUGGCAUUGCGUCGAAGCACCUCAAGAAAAGUGAAGAUUAUUCCACGGAGAUGUUGGCAGCCGAUGCAAUUCAGUUCGACACGCAGCUGCUGAGGGAAGGGAAGGCUAGUGGGGGCGAGGCGAAGGACGUAAUGCGGCCAACAACACUUGUGCGGGGCAACGAGGUCUACAUGCUGCUGGGAAAAUACAGCCGCCCACCGGCUGCGGCUCAAGACGCAAACCACUGGGGGCUGUUGCUGGUGCAGGGGACUGUGACUGGAAGCGGCGACGAUAAGAAAAUCGUGUGGAGUGAGACCCGUGCGGUGGAUGCCGCAUCUAUUGGGUUUCAUGCCUCCUUGACUGAGUUAUCUGGCGGCGGGGGCUCGGGUCUUGUGCUGAGUGACGGCACGCUUGUGUUCCCCAUGCAGGCAAUCAACAGGGAGAAAAAGAGCGUCUUGCUCGCCUUUCGCUUAGCCCCGUCGAAGAAGAAGUGGGAGCUUUCAUCCGGUACGACCGGUGCGGGCUGCAGGGACCCGUCCAUCGUGGAGUGGGGGGAAGACGGAAAACUCCUCGCGAUGGCUCCCUGUGCGCGGGGCUCGUACGACGUCUAUCCGUCAACUCCCCGUGGUGUAGCUUGGUACACGACAGGCGAGCCGAUUUCCCGCGUGUGGGGCACCUCGCCGAACCGUCAAGGAGGGGACGGCGUGCAGAGCGGCUUCGUCACCGCGGAAAUAGAGGGAAAAAAGGUGAUGCUCCUCACCACGCCGGUGUACUCGGAAGAGGAGGAAGGCGCCGCAAAGGGAGCGCUGCAUCUUUGGUUGACCGAUAAUUCCCGCGUGCACGAUGUUGGGCUGGUGUCCGCUGCCGGUGAUGACGCCGCUGCCAGUUCCCUGCUGUACCGAAGCGGUGCGCCGGCGGA